GUGUAGUCGGUUCGGUUUCGGUUUUACAUUCGGUAUUGAACCGUACCGAUCAAUUUUUCAAUUAAAAUUGUUUUUCCAUGUGGCUUGUUUUUAUUGGUUUCCCAAGGAUUUGUUCACACGAGAUUUCCUCCCUGAGUCCCUGCGGUAAGAAAACUCACUUUUCUCACUCGAAGAAAACUCGUAUCUCCGGUUGGUGGUCUCUCUCUCAGUCUCUCUAUGCGUCCACCACUCCUCCUCCUCUACAAUCUCUCUCACGGUCUCACCUCCACCACUACCUCGUGGCAUCGUCUUCUCUCAUGGCUUUAGACCGUGUAGAUUCUGUAGAUGAUGCAAUUGAUUUGGAAUAUGAAUCGGGGGGAAGCAAAUGUGAGACCAAAAGUGAAGGAGAUCAAGAGGAGGUAAGUGUCUCCCAACUCCUACAAGGUAAACGUAGUAAGGUUUGGGAGCACUUUAGGCCUUAUCAAGUUAAGACCUAGUAAGCCUUAAGGAUCGAGAAGGGAAUGUUGUAAAAGAUGAAAAUGAUGAACUAGUAAUGGUUCCACAUGUAAGACUUAGAGCUAAAUGUGUGUCUAUUGCCCAAAACAUACAAAUGAUGGUGACUAUGCGACCGAUUCAAGCACUAAUGGUACAUCCGGAAUGAGAAAACAUCUUAAUCGACAAUGUAAAUAUUAUCAAGCCAACUUGAGGAAAAAUCAAAAACUUCUUUAUGAGGAGAAGAAAGGGGGUAAAACUUUGGUUAAUAAGGAGUUUAACCAAUCCGAUUGUUUGGAAGCAUGUGUAGAGAUGAUUGUUCUUGAUGAGGUACCCUUUAGUACCGUUGAGAAGAUAGGGUUCAAUAGAUUUUGUAGUGUUGCAUGUCCAUUGUUUCGUGUGCCCUCUAGGAGGACUCUUGUUACAACUUUCCUUAGAAUGCAUGCCCAAUCUAAGGAUAGUUUGAAAAAGAAAUUGCAUGCACAUCGAAUUUCUCUUACCACCGACACUUGGACAAGCACUCAAAACAUCAAUUAUAUGGUCCUUACCACACACUUUAUUGAUGAUGAAUGGAAUAUGCAUAAGAGAAUCAUUAAUUUUUGUCUUAUUGCUAACCACUCGGGAGCCAUGAUAGCUAAGUUGAUUGAAACUUGUUUGUUACUCACCAUCACGAUGGACAAUGCUUCCGCAAAUAAAGUUGCAUUGGAUCAACUUAGGUCAACGAUGAAUAAGGUGGGAAAAUUCACAAGCCGUUUUGCAUGGGGAGUAUUUACAUGUGAGGUGUAUCGCUCACAAAACCAAUUUAAUUGUGGGUCAAGGGAUGAAGAGGCUAACCAAAUGCCUCUAAGCCAUAAGAAAUUGUGUGAGAUUUGUGAGGAGCUCUCCACACGUUAAAGUAUUUCAAGCAAGCCGUGUUCAUGGAGAAGUUAACAUGUAAAGCAAGUGUUUGCUUAGAUUGCCCCACAAGGUGGAAUUCCACAUUUCAUAUGUUGGAAGUAGCCAUAAAGUUUAAGAAGGCCUUUGCUAGGAUGGGAGAGGAAAGUGAUACUCCUUUUAGCGUGUACUUCAAAGAAUUUGAAGAAGAAAAGGAUGAAGAUGGAAUAGUUGCUAUUAAAGGUCAAAGAAAGGUUGGACCACCAACCAGAGAAGAUUGGGAAAAGGCGGAGGUGUUUGCUCAUACCGCUCUCCAUGAUGUCAUCAAAAUAGAGACAGCUAUCAAGAAUUUGGUUCCCCCACCCAAUGUGCAAACCAGUUCACCAAUGAAGGUUCUUUUGAAUCAAAUGGCAACCAACAUGAGAGCAAAGUAUGACAAAUAUUUUGGUUCUUACCUUCAAUUGAACAAUUUGCUAGUGGUUGCUCUUAUUUUAGAUCCAAGGUUCAAGUUAAGGCAUGUCACUCAUCUCUUUAAAAGACAAUUAUUGGAAGUUGAUGUUCAUUUGAAAACUAAGGAGAUAAGAGAUGUGUUGGAUGCCCUUUACAAGGAAUAUGCCCCAAGGGUUGAUGGGGGGAAGCACAUGAAGGUCCCCACACCUUCUCGAGAGUCUUCUUCUACUUCACAUGUUGAAUCCUUUGAAGAUGAUUAUGUAGAUGAUUGGAUUGAUUUUGUAGAAGAGAGUGAGGAAUAAGUGGUGGGAGAUGAGGUGGAUUCAUAUUUGUUGGAUCCAUUGGAGAAGUUGGACAAAGAAACCAAGGGUGCUUUUAAAAUUCUCUCAUGGUGGAAGACUAAUGGUUGCAAGUAUCCUAUAUUGGCGGUCAUUGUAAAAGACAUAUUUGUUAUUCAAGCAUCUACCGUGGCUUCGGAUAGUGCUUUUAGUACUGGAGGGAGAGUAAUUUUGGAUUUUAGGAGUUCUUUAACUCCUAAAUCUGUGGAGGCCUUAAUUUGCAUGCAUAAUUGGAUGAGGGGUGAUGGUAUUAUCACCUUAGAAGAUGAUGCACCUUCGUUGGAGCACUUAGAGUUCUACGAAAGUAUUGAAGCGGGAAAUUUCUUAUUUCUCUUCUUAGUUCUUGUUUGUAAUUUUUCAGAUUUUAUUCUUUGUGUUUAUAAGUUGUGUAUAUUUUUGUAUUAUGUAGAGUUGUUGACAUCAAGCAUUUCUUCUCUCUCUAUUAAUAAUCCGAAACAACAAGCGUCGUCUUCACAACCUCUUACCCGGCCUUCUCAAGCAUCCGCUUCACAAGCUUCUAACCGACCUCCUCGAGCUUCAAAAGGUGCUCAAUCAAAGGUCCCUUCAAAUCCUCACAAACCUCUAACCACCAAGGGUGUCAAGCAUAAGGCACCUAAAGGGUAAUUGCUUUUAUUUUAUAUGAAUUGAGCUUAUUAGUUAUUAAGGCAUUUAGUUUGACGUUUGCUAUUACAUUUGGAUUGUAUUAAUGCCAUAAGGCUUUGACUUAGAACUUUGAUUUUUCAUUUUGGUUUGUACUAAUGCCAUAAGGCAUUUACUUGAACUUUGUUGUUGGAUUGAAUUUGUU